AUUACUACAGUAGACACUGCUACUCAAAUCAUCGCCCAUUCGAUCGCCGCUCAUCCCGACCAGCUUUGGCCCUGCGCAGGAACCCGCGCGUUUCACUCGCUCGGCGCCGCUAAGAUGCAGCAGCAGGUCACCUGGGCUGAGCCCGUGCCGUUCCUUCAGCCCCAACUGAAAAAGCCGCCGAUGAUGCUGCCUCGAUCGCCCUUCCUCCCACCCCCCGCUGCAGUGAGAUCGAUGAACAUGGGCUUGUUAUCGCUGCUGACGGGCCGAUGAGCGUUUUCAACCACAGGACGCCGCUGACAAAAGGAUAUUGCAUCCUAAAAGCCCUGGGAAGCCGCGGCCCCCCACGGCCGAUUUUGUCUCGUUGACUCAAGAAGACCUCCCUCUCGAACUUUGCGCUGAUGGUGUGCCCUGCUCGGAGCUUGGAGAAGAUGAAAAUCGACGCAGCUGAGUGUGUCACACACCCUUUGCUAAAUUUAGGUUGAGAAGAGUGUUGCGGCGAAAGGCUGCUUUGUGCCGACUUCCUGCGGUCUUGGGUAGCGAGCUCCCUCCUCCGUCACCGAGCGCCGCUGUUUUCGCGUAUCCUAAGUCACGCC